AUGCGGGAUCAGGGCAAGCGCCACCACAAGGAGCAGCUCGAGUCUCUCCGCUUCCGAGAGCCCAACCUCUCUCCUCAACAGACGAGCCCCGUCCUGUCGCCCACCAAUCCGCGACGAGUCCUGCGUAUCGCCAAUGGCCGCAUUCUGCGCAACCACGCUUUGAUCACCGAUGACCUCUGGAUCGAAGACGGCAAGAUCAUCAACCCGGCCCCGGUCUUUUGGGACGCCAAGUCCAAGCCCCACAUGGUGGUCGAUGCCCAUGGCGCCAUCAUUUCCCCCGGCUAUAUUGAUCUACAGAUCAAUGGUGAGAAAUCCGGCGCCUUUGGAGUCGAUUUCUCCGAUGCAGAUGAUCUUGAGAAGAAGCUUCCGGCCCUCAAGAAGGCGCUGCUCAAGUCGGGCUGCACUGGGUUCUGUCCGACGAUCGUCAGUACCUCCCCCGAGCAGUAUCGCAAGCUCAUCCCCAAGCUCCAGCCUUCUGCGGGAUCCAUUCGCAAUGGAGCUGCAAACCUUGGCAUUCAUCUCGAGGGCCCCUUCAUAUCUCCAAAGGUGGCUGGCGCUCACCCCUCGGACAUUGUUCGCGAGGCACCUGGAUCUUGGAAGGAUUUUGCGACCACGUACGGCUUUGAUCGCGACGACUGUGAGCGCAGACGAGGCAACGGCGACGGUGAAAUAGCCCAGCGAGCAGUCAGAAUGAUCACCUGCGCCCCCGAGGUGCAGGGUGUGAUGAAAACGAUCCCUGAUCUUGUCCGUCGAGGAUUUGUAGUCAGUGUUGGAUACACUAACUCGACGACGGCCGAAGCCGAGGAGGCUAUCAGCUCUGGAGCCAGCUUUGUCACCCAUCUCUUCAAUGGAAUGCAGCCCUUCCACCACCGAGAUCCCGGCACGAUCGGCUUACUCGGGUCGACUAAGCCCUCCAAGCGACCGUUUUACGGGAUCAUUUGCGACGGAUUGCACUCGCACCCCUUCAGCGUCCGAAUCGCCCACAAUGCUCAUCGUGACGGAAUCGUCCUGGUGACGGAUGCCAUUCCCGCAGCCGGGAUGCCGCCUGGCAAAUACAAGUUCAGCUCCACCGUGACGGAGAAGCAUAAGGACGCUGCGUAUAUUGAAGGCAGCGAUGCGCUCGCUGGAAGCGUCAUCAUGAUGGAUGAGUGCGUCCGAAACUUCAAAAAGUUCAGUCGCUGCACUACCGUCGAGGCACUUGAGGCCGCAACACUGAACCCAGCCCAGGUCUUGGGAAUCCAGAAGACCAAGGGCACCCUGGACUUUGGGGCGGACGCCGAUCUGCUCUUCCUGGACGACGAUUUGAACGUCAAGCGCGUGUUUAUUGCUGGAAAGGAGUUGGUCUAG